AUGCAUCCGAAGAAAUGUGUUGAUAUAGUAUGUUAUAUUUGUUUACAACAUAAUGAUCAUAAUGUUGUGUCAAGUUCAUUGGAAACACAUGAAAUUAUACUUAAAUAUUCAAAUUUAUUUGAUUUUGAUCAAUUAUUAAUUUCAACCCAAGUUGGAUCUAUAGAAGAAAAUCGUGUUAGUGAAGCCUUAAAAACAAGAAUUGAAUUAUUAGAAGAUUCUAUUCAACAUACUACAAGUUCCUAUGUUCUUGCUAAAGUUAGUCUAGCUCAACUUAUAGAUGACAUUGAUUUUCGAAUAUUAACUUAUCUUGAACAACAAUUAAAACAACAGUACCCUGAUAUACGUGUUCGUCAAGCAAUUGCUUCGACUUUUGCUAAGUUGGAUGUUUAG